AGCUCUACGUUCAGAUCACGUGGGCGGCGCUGCAUACGGGCAGGACUGGAUUGACAAACGGUUAGCGAGCAGAUAACGGGAAUUACGGCAACAGAGAGGGAAAUACCGACGGACAAGAUGGGAGUUGAGAUUGAGACAAUAACCCCGGGAGAUGGAAGGACUUUUCCCAAAAAAGGACAGACGUGCGUGGUGCAUUAUGUCGGUUCUCUUACAGAUGGCCGCAAGUUUGACUCUUCGCGAGACAGAGACAAGCCCUUCAAAUUUAAGAUAGGAAAACAGGAAGUUAUCCGUGGCUGGGAGGAGGGUGUUGUACAGAUGAGUGUGGGCCAAAGGGCCAAGCUGACCUGUUCACCUGACUGUGCCUAUGGGCCCAAGGGCCACCCUGGCAUCAUCCCGCCUAACGCCACUCUCAUUUUUGAUGUGGAGCUCCUGGGCCUCGAAUAAAGCAUCCCCACUGCCUUUUGUUGUUGCCUCCUAUCUUGGAAACAGAAAAAAGCUAGGAGAGUAUGCACUUGAUUUUAUUAGGCUUGAGUCAAUAGUUCCACUUUGGUCACUAUCUUACCCAUAUGUAGAAAAUGUGUAUUUGUGACUCAUUUCCCCCACCCCUCCCACAUCCUUCCUUUAAAAUCUGUGGGCCAUAACCUUACAAACCUCGUGAAGUUCUUAAUCUUGAAUUGUGCUUUAUUUUGCUUUGUUUUGUGUAGGAUUUAUAAGUUGUGCAUGAUCAAGCAUAUAUACAGACAUACCAAUGAUAACAGCAACAGCCAGACACAUAGAUAAUCACCGAGGUACACCGGCAGUGAAUUCUUGGGUGUUUAGUAAUAUAUAUCAGCUGAACUGGGGAAAAAUUUGUGUGCUUUUUUGGUUUUCACACCUUCCUAUAGGAAACUAGGAGAUUUCACAGCUUUAGGCUCUGAACACUUAGUAUAUUAUGUCAUACAUAUUGAGUAGUGUUGUUGAAAAUAUAAUUGUGGACUUAGCAAUUCCAAACAAUAACUUUUUAAACAAUGUUAAACUUGUUAAUUGUAUUGAAAGGUCAUGUUCACUUUGCCUUUAACACAAGUGAAUGGAACCCCUUGUCCACCCCCCCCCUUUUUUUUUUUAGGGAAUCUAGUUUUGAAUGCAGAAAGAUAGGCAGCAUUCUGUACACAGGAAGUAGUGAAAUUGAUGUACCUCUCAGAUCUGUGUGCCUACCCCACGUCAGGUCCGCAUGCCAUGUAGGAUACCAGGAAUCUUUGUACUUGUAUGAAUUUAAAUUUGAAUCAAUAUUAUUUUCCUUCUUUCAAGUCAACGUUUCACAAAGCCAUAAACCUGCAUACUGUGCAGAAGUUGUGUACCGUACAUGCACAUUAAUUCGAGUAGUGAUUUUCCUUUUAAAUUGCCUAAAAAGAAAAAAAGACUGGGGUUGAGGAACUUGAAAAUCUUAACCUCCCCCUCGUUAUUUUUGUUUAAACUUGCCAUUAAAUAUAUUUUUCAGAUGCCAACUUUCUAUCUCAAAGAAAUGCUUAUUCUAUAAUGAAAUAGAUUACUUUUGCAAGCUAUCAAUGUCACUAGUAACAUGGGCCACACUGCCUAAGUGCUACCAGUGUGGUGUUGGGAGGCAGAUGCAUCCAAUGCUUUUAUAUUGAAUUGAAAAGGUGUUCUCAUGAAAUAUGAACCUGAAAAAAGUAUGUUAUGAGAUGCUGGUCAUCACUGCUCUCGAUGUUAGCUGUCCAGUGUGGCAUGAACGGUCCUUUACUGCACUGUGUAUCUAUGUGCUGAGUUAAAUACGCAGGCAAAACCAAUGAAAUCAAAAUGUGCUGUUGCAAUAAAGUGCUUUCUACCAGCUUUGGGAAAAGUGAAA